AUGUCUCGGUGUUUUCCGUUCCCGCCUCCUGGCUAUAUACUUAACGGAAUCCGCGAUGAGGCUCUGAUCGAAUCGAUCAAGGGGGCAGAGGAGAAAGCUAAGAAAGAACAAAGGAGAAAGGAGAGAAAAAGAGAUAAAAAGGAAAAAAAGGAGAAGAAGGAUAAAAAAGAGAAGAAGGAUAAGAAGAGGAAGGAGAGGGAAGGAGGGGAUGGUGAGAGCGAAAAGCGCAGUCAUAAGAGACGGCAUAAAGAAGAAGUUGCCAAAGAUGGUCAGAGUCAGAAAGUGGAUGUCUUUCGCAAACUUAAAGAAAGCGAAAUUGACUGUCUGGAGAAGAGCAGCCUUACCGUAGAACGUGAGCUGUUUCAGUCGACGUCUCAGAACUCUUGUGAUAGCACUCUUAACAGCAAUGAGCUACCACCGAAGCAGCAGAAGGAGAACGAGAAGAAGCAGCCUCUCGAUGGUAGACAUAACACUGACUCGGAAAGCAUCAUUCGGAUCCGAUUGCCUAUCCGAAGGCAGAAAGAUCCUGAGGUGACGACUAUGAUGAUCAACAAGGAUCAACAGAAACCGUCUACUUCCCGGGAAAUAAAGUUAGAUACCUCUCAGACUGCUACUAGAGAGCAGCCGAUUAAUCAUAAGCAACAUCCCUGUUCCACUUCUGCACCAGAACAUGCGUCAAUGCCAUAUCAAGAGAAAAGAAAAGAUCACGUUUCCACAACGAAACUCGGUAAAGAGAAGAAAUCUUCGUCCACUAGUCAAGAAACUUUUCAACCUAAAGCCCUAUGCAGGGUUUGCCCACCAUCCAUGGCGGCGCAAUUCUUGAAUGUAGUCGAGAAUUGGGUCCCUAACACGAUCGACACAAGAGUAGAGCUCACCAACUCUGAAGAUGAAGAAUGUUGGUGGUUCACGAAGAAGCCAAGUAGCCAAAAGUUUGGCACAGAAAGAUGUAAUGAGACCACGCAAUUAGUAAGCAGUUCGAUGGCGUGGCCGUGUUCUCUCUUCUUACCAGAAGCUGAUGUCCACGCCUUGCCUUACACCGUUCCUUUCUGA